AAAAUAGAAGGACUCCAUGAGAACACAUUGAGCAUUGAGACCAGGUCUUUUUUCCAGUCCUUGUUCCCCCAAAAAUCAAAUUCAAAUCCCUUAAAAAGCAGCCCUUACCCUUCCUUCUCUCUCGCGCACAUCGAAGGUCGCAUCUCACAAUGAGAACAACCAGUUUGGCAUCAAUGCAGUGUAGUGUAUAGCAAUGAGAAAGAAAAACACUGAGCAACAAAAGUGAAACAUAACACUAGCAGAACGUUUUUACCGUAUAUUCUGAUAAAUGGGUUCAAGAUCUGUGGAAGGAGAACAAGCAUCACUCGCUGAUGAUUAUGAUGCCUUGAUUUCAACCACUGAUGUUGUGCUUCUCAAGCGAGCUUGGCGUAAUGAGAAGGCAGCCCCUGAGAUUCUUCAUUUUGAAUCUGAUUUGAUCACCCGCGUCAGAGAACAGAUUGAAUUGAUGGAAGAAACUGUUGAGGAGAAAUCGACCGUUGGUACCGACCCUCUUUCAGUAUCUCUGUAUCAGAUGGACUUAGAUAGAACCCUGUUUCUAUUAAGGUCGUAUCUUCGCAUCCGCAUCCAGAAGAUCGAAAAGUACAUGUUCCAUCUCCGAAAAACUGAAGAACUUUGGAACAGGCUUUCUAAGGAUGAGAAAUUUUUCACUGAAAGGUGCACAGAUGACUUUAAGAAACAUCUGGAGGAGAGUGUUCUAUCAAAACUGCCUGAAAAUUAUCAGUCUUAUGAGAGGCAAUCUGUAAUUAGUGAAGAGGAUGACAUGGUUCCAGAACCACGACUAGACACAUUCGUUUUGUGUAGAAGUAAAGAAUAUCUCACCGGCAUUCAACUUGAAGAUGGACCUGUUGAUGAUAGGUCGAAGCUGUUUGAGAUGGAGCCGGAUGUCCUUUACUUCAUAUGUUACAAAUCAAUAAAGCCACUUGUAGAGAGUGGCAAAAUUGAUCUACUAUGACAAGUAAAACAAUUUUGAUAUUGGUGCUCAUGAGACUAUUGUCGUGAAAUUGUAAUUUACUAAAGACUAAAAUUGACAAUGCUAUCUUUCUUAACUCUAGUUUAUGGAGUUGAUCCUAAAAGGGUCGAGGUGGAAGCACGAUGAUUUAUUUUGUAGAUGUUUUCCUGGUUCAAGGAUUUGUCCUCAAUGUUUGUCACUGUGUUUAUGUUAUACUCCCUAAUGUCCUAACUAUAAGAUAAUUCUUUGAGAUUUUUCAUCCCAUUAUAAGAAAUAGUUAUGACA